AUGCAAGAAGAUUUGAAUGAUUUGAAAGAAAUGAUUCGAUUAAGAGUAGAUGGAGGACAGAUCUUGAUACUUGAAUGGGAAGAAAAAAUCAAUUCAAAGGUACCCGAAAGAGAAAGACAAAGGAUGAUGGAACAAAAUGAAGUAGAAGAAGAAGGAGAUGAUGAAGAAGAAGUUGGAAAAGGUUUGAUGGCCAAUGGAAGUAAGAGACGUAAAGUUUCAGAUCAAGCUGAUUCACUUGGAUUGACUAAAGGAAGAGGAACUAUGAAAUCCGGUUUGAUGAAUAAGCAACAAAAGAAGGCUUUGAAUCAUUUGUUACCUCCUACUUUGCCUAUCAGUUUUAAUUCUCAACAACUUCAUUCUACUAGUUCUCCAUUACAUUCAGAUGGAUCUAAUUCAAGUCAUCAUCAUCCAACUCUUUCACUUGAUCCAUCACAUCGAAUCGAAGAAUUAGAUAUCUUUAAACCUACUCAAUCUAUUCCAAGACAUUCACAGUAUCCAGAAACGUAUCAACCGACGCAAGAUUUCUUAAACCAAAGUUUUAUCAAUCCAUUUCAAUCUAAUCUUUCACAUUUACCUCCUACUAAUCUUUUGGCUGUCUCGAUGGGCUUAUCAUUCGCUCUUGGAUCGGUUUAUCAUUAUUAUCAAAUGAAAGCUUUUACAAGUCCUUUAUACACUCCUUCGACUACUACGAAUCCUCCUUCUGAUGAUCUGACUACUUAUCAUCCAGACAGUUGUGGUCAUCAUCGAGUCGGAUUUGGAAAACUUGGAGUUCUUGAUCGUGGAUUGAUGAGAGCUGGAAUCGAAACUGUUUCGAUGGCUUCAAUGGUUUUUGUUUUGUUGGUCUUGUUGAAACCAGAGUUUUUGUUAAGUUUUAUGAAGCCUUCUUAUCGUCUUUCGAGUUGCACUAAAACCAAAAACCAAAAAAAGAAGAAGGAUUUAGUGAAACAAGAAGAAGAAGAUGAUGAUCGAGUGAUAGAUGAAGAUGAUUACAAGAGCCUCAUGAAGAGAGUUGAUGGACAGAUUGGGAUGUUGGGCUUUGGAGUGGAAUGUUUUAAAGGUUUAGGUCAAUUAUCUAUCUUUUUAGGCUUUCCUCAAUUUUUGUUUCUUUCAAGUUUGAGAAUCAGUUUAGGUUAUGAAAAAGAAAAGAAGAAGAAAAUUAAGAUUUGGUUGAGGAUUGCAGAACUUGAAAGCUUGAAUGGACUUAAUCAAGUUUCGUUUUUUUGUCGAUUCUUGACGGCUUUAAAGUUGUUUAAUUUGAUUGAUUGGAAGAUGGAAAAGCAAGUUGAAGGGAAUCAAAGGAAUCAAGAAGUGAUCCGAUUGAUGAUUAUCCUUUCAUUACAUCUUCGG